UCAAUUUACUGGUAUUUGCACCAUUAUUUAAAGUCCAAAAAAAGCAUGUCUUAACCCAUUUUUGCAACAUGGCUUCAAUUGUUUGCUGCAAGGAGGAGACACCGCAGAGAACAGAGAUUGUGUGGUAGAAGGGAGAAAAUAUUUUCCACUCAUAUUAAUUUCUUUGGAAUGCCAGAGGAAGAGGUUAUCUGUAUAUUACAUGUAACAAGUUCGGCACACCAUCGGCACAUUUGUGGAAUAGAGCUCUCAUGCUAAUUUGCCCCGUUUAGUAAAUCUGGCCUUAGGAGUCAAAGUUGAAGUUCAAUCAGUUAAAAAAGACUUUACAGAAGUUCUCCACAAUUCCAUAGGCUGUAGAAAAUGAGUAAGAGGAUCCAGCCUUGAAUUACUUUAGAAUACAGAAACACUAAUACUUAUAUUGAUAAUCAGUUGACAUAAUUUCUACAGGUUUGGAUAGGUUAACAGUACAGAUAAUUCUAGCAGCAUCAGAACAUAGUAUUGUUCUCAGGGCUCUGAACCGGUUCAAGGAACGAAAACGAAAUCCUGAAACGAACGAAAUUUUGACCAGAACAUAACCAGAAAUGAAAACGAAAUCAAAUUUAAUCGUUCUGAACAGAAACGCUAAUUUGAAAUGACCAUUAACCGGUUAAUAAAGUUAUUUUAACGUUCCGUUUAAUAUUUUGAUUAGGCAGUCAACCAAUCACGAACCAAUUCAAAUAGUACAGCCUAUGCAAAUGUGAGUGAAAUGGCCGCGCUGACGCUCUAAAGUGAGAUGCCCGCACUGACGCGCUCAGCUCAACUGUCAAGUCAUCAUAGGUUAGUUACACCCGAGAGGCAUACCUUGAGCUUGUGGAAAACAUUCGUAAAAUAAUACCAGGAGUCAGUAUGAGCAGUGAUUUCAUCACAGGCUUCUGUGGAGAGACUGAAGAUGACCAUCAGCAGACCCUAUCUCUCCUCAGGGAGGUGGGCUAUAACAUGGGCUUUCUCUUCGCCUACAGCAUGAGGAAGAAAACCCAUGCAUAUCAUCGGCUGCAAGAUGAUGUUCCUGUGCCAGUGAAACAGCGUCGUCUGGAGGAACUCAUCUCUGUUUUUAGAGAAGAGGCAGCUAAAGUCAACAUGGCUUUUAUCGGCAGUGCACAGCUGGUGUUGGUAGAGGGAGAGAGUAAAAGAUCUUCCGAGGAACUUUGUGGUCGAAAUGAUGGAAAUGUGAAAGUGAUUUUUCCUAAAACAGAUUUGUCUGUUCAGCCGGAGAAACCUCAGAUGGUCCCCAUUAAACCUGGAGAUUAUGUGUUAGUCAAGGUGCAGGUCUACCAUCUGCUCUGGAUAUGGACCGGAUCCAGCUGACUAUGGUAACCUCGGGAUAAGGAUGAGACAGACAAAUAUUAGCGUAGAUGCCAUUCUUCGUAUGAUGUAAGGUGGAAGUGGAAGUGUUCCCAGUUCCAGUUGA